AUAGUUCUUCUUUUUUCAUAUAAACUCUCUUCUACGUUCUCCCUCAGAUUCCCUCCUUUUUUCCAUUGAGGAUGCAACCCCGCCCAGACAGAAACAAAACUCCAUACAUCCCAUGCUUCCUUCAGUUAAUUUCAAGACCCAAUUUUCUGGUUUGACUUGCCAGCUGCUUGCUGUUGUUUUCUUCUUUCUGCCCUUUUCUCUCAGAUUUCUCCAAAAACGGGGCUUUCUUGGCGCCCUUUCAGUCAUUCUUGAAUUAUGCCUACACUUUUCUUGUGCGUAAAAUAGUCUAAAUCAUAGAGAUAGAGAGCGAAAACAAACAAAGGGUUGUCGUUUUAGGUUGUAUGAAAAAAGCCGCCUCUUUUAUUUAUUGGGAUGUAAAGAAUGGCGGGUGUAAGUAAUGGGGUGAAUCCGGUGAUGAUGGGUACGGGUGGAGUGGACAGCCCUGGUUCGGGUUCGGGCGGGUUUGAAGCCCGGCCCAUGAAAUUCCAGAACAACCAGCAGAUUAAUUCGGACUGGAGUGAUGAAGAGCAGGCUAUACUGGAACAGUGUCUUGCCAAGUAUGCAGCAUAUAAUUCGACAAACAUAGCUCGCUAUGCAAAAAUUUCAUUGCAGCUGAAUAACAAGACAGUCCGUGAUGUGGCAUUGCGUUGUAGAUGGAUGGCUAAAAGAGAGAGCGAGAUGAAAAUGGAAAAGGAUUCAAUUCCAAUUAGGAAGAUGACCGCUGAUAAAAAGGCUAAGUUGGUUUACUCCCCCAGAUGGACAGCAAACAAUAACAACAAUGGAAAUCUAGCCUUGUUCAAUGCAACUGUACAGCUUCUUCAGCAUAACUCUAGGGUGUUUGAUCAGAUCUCCACAAAUCUCACUUCAAAUCAGAUACAGGACAACAUUAUUCUAUUGCGUCAUGCACGUGAAAAUCUCUUCAGUGUAUUAACCAACCUUAAUGAGCAACAGAGUUUCAUAUCUCGGAUGCCACCACUCCCGGUUGAGUUGAACGAGGAACUGGCUAAUUCCAUCCUUGCCCCUGCUUCCACUUGCUUCACGUGGAAGUGAUUGCUCCUUGUUCAUCGAAGUGAUCGACUUGUUGGUCUGGGGAGAAAAAGCACCACCGGAUUAAAUUGGAGUAGCUUUGUGUAGGAUAUAUACAUUUACCAUGGUAAUUUACAUAUAAGUGCUCUUUGAGUCAAGCAGUUCAGUUUACAAGUAUGUAUAGCAGUAAUAAACUUAUCCAGAACCCUCCUCAGAUAGAAGUAAUCAUCUAGUCUAUUGUUGGAGAAGAAAAAUGUACAUGUAGGAGCAUUAUUUGAAGCAAGAAAUAUACACAAUUCAGUCAUGUUCCAAUGACAUGUACAUUGAUUCUUACAAUUAAUAUUAAUUUUGUGGGACAAAAAUUAUGAUGGUGACAGUAUUCCAAUUAUUG